AUGCUCUCCCCAACGCCAUUUUCUCUCAUCUGCGCCGUUCUUCUCUGUUUGCCUCUCACCAUAAUCUUCACCAUCACAAGCCCAACCGCCACCAUAACCACCACCAUCCCCACCCAAAUCUCCCAAUCCCCAAAACUCACCAAAACCUACCAAAAAAUCAACCUAAUUUCACCACCAAAAUCCCUACCAUUAGAUGACGACUCGCUCUUCCACCUCGCCGCCCAUGUCAAGUCCCGCCCACCCCACUCCGAUCGUCCCAAAAUCGCCUUCCUCUUUCUAACCACCACCCCUCUUCCCUUCUUCCCUCUUUGGGAACGCUUCUUCAACCAAACCCCCAAAACCCAUUUCUCUAUCUAUGUCCACGCCGACCCGAGAUUCCCCUAUGACCCACCAUUUUUUGGUGUCUUUGCCCACCGGGUCAUCCCUUCCCGACCUGCCCAGCGAUUCACCUCCACUCUCAUCUCCGCGACUCGUCGUUUGCUCGCCCACGCCCUCCUCGAUGACCCUAAGAACGCCAUGUUCGCGCUUCUCUCUCCUUCCUGCAUCCCCAUCCGGUCCUUCAACUUCACGUACCAAACCCUCACUCGAUCGAAGAAGAGCUUCAUUGAGAUUCUAGACAACGAGAUCGGGGCGUACGACAGGUGGGCGGCACGUGGGGAGGACGCAAUGCUGCCGCAGGUUAAGCUGGAGGAGUUUCGGAUCGGAUCCCAAUUCUGGAUCUUGAAGCGGAAGCACGCAAGGAUGGUUGUGGGUGACCACCGGCUCUGGUCCAAGUUCAAGCUACCGUGCCAGCGUUGGGACACGUGUUACCCAGAGGAAAAUUACUUUCCUACCCUCUUGAACAUGAGAGACCCAGGCGGGUGUGUGCCUGCUACCCUUACGCACGUGGACUGGCGCGGGAGAUUCGAUGGCCACCCCCGUACGUAUGAGGCCUCCGACUUGGGGCCCGAUGUGAUCACCUCCCUGAGAAAUGACAGGCCAAAAUACGGUGACGAGAAGGAGAGUGGCAACGGCUCUAAUUGGUCCUUGAAGGAACGACGAGACCCGUUUUUGUUCGCAAGGAAGUUCCUGCCAGAUGCGAUUGGACCGUUGAUGAGUAUGGCCAAUGACGUCAUCUUCAAGGAUUAG